AUGGUCCGCCUGAUCACGCACAACCUGCUCGCGUGCCACGCCAAAGGCUGCACCUCCAACAACUUUCCUCUGCGCUUCAAGGACGUUGCGGUCGAGCUCCGCGACGCUGAGUUCAACGCAGACUUCCUCCGCGGCUUCCUCCCCCGCCUCGAGUGGCUCGCGCUCGUCGACGCCGCACGCGAGCUCGGGGAUACAUCCCUUCCCGCGGAGCAGCCGGAGAUGGUGGACGAGGACUUCCUGAAGAAGGUUCACCACGUCUUGCUCGAAAUCCAUGUCGAGGAGGGCGCGAUGGUGUGCGCGAACUGCGGCCACGUCUAUCCGAUCUCGAAUGGAAUCCCGAACAUGCUGCUCGCGGAACACGAGAUCGGCUAG